UCGGCUGCAGGCUGGUGCCCGGAGUGCAGCCAGGCUGGGCUGGAACACACUCUGUGGCUGCCUUGUCUCCGGACUUUAAAUAUUCAUGCCUCUGGUUUCCUGCUAGCUGGUGCCGGCGGGAGCUGGGCUGGUGCAGCAGGCUGGGGAGUGCUGGCAGGGUGCCGGGCGCUGGACUGGACAAUGGGCUCUGGGCAGCACGGCUUCAGGAUCUCCUGCCAGGUGGAGGAGCAGCAGCCUGGGCUCAGCCUGUGGCUCCGGCUGCCUCGCCCACCGGGCUGCUGAGCACACGGCCCCCUCGGGUGCAGCCAGUGGCCUCGCCUGCUUCCUCUUUGCAGCUGAGCUGGGAUCGGGCAGGGGCCAGGGGUUGCUCUCCAGCUGGCUGCACCGGCGUGUCCCUCCCUGUCCUGUCCUCGCCAUGCUGCUUGUUGUUGACUGGCUGUAACGAGGUGGGAGCCCGCUGGCUGGUCAGACCCAGGGAGCGCUGGUGCACCCAGGGCUGUGUGUCGCGGGGAGAUGAGCUUUGACUGUGAACAGACGCUGCUGCUCCCUCCUGCCUGCUCCUGGUGACACUCACCCAGCGUCCCUUUGGCUGGCUGGGGGCUCAGUGCCGGGAUCGCUGGGGCCGGCUCUCCUAGCGGUCAUGCUGUGCUGGAGAGGGGCUGGCGCGGGAGCUGGCCUAGCCCCGUGUUUCUGGAGUUCCUGCUCUGCAGGGUGCUGGCUGCCCUAGGCUCCUUGCCUUUCCGGGGGGCUGCCACCUCACUCUCUGCUCCGGAGCCCCUCCAGCAUGGAUCUGCUGCAGAAGAGUAAAUACAGCCACCUCCGGAACGAGUCGGUCUCCUCCCUGGAGGAGGCAGUGGCCGGCGCGGGGUCCCCAGUGGAGUCCCUCGUCGCCACGCAGUCCCUGCCUGGCUCCCUGUCGUCGUCCUCCCUCAGCCCCAUGCUGCCCAUCGGGGAGCUCUCGUCGGAGACCGAGGACAGCCCCACCACCCUGUGCUCCUUCUUCCCCAAAAUGGCCAACCUGAAGCUCUCCUACCCCGCCAACCUGCUCAGCCUGCGGGGCUUCUCGGCUGUCGGCAUGAAGGAGGCGGGGAGCCUCGAGGAGCCGGGUGCGGUGCUGGCUACGGCGGGUGCCUCCAGCCCCGAUUCAGCGGGGCCUGUUGCUGUCUGUCCCCAGGAUAUGAACAAGCUGAGCUGUGGGAAGAAGACGCGGGUGGAAGGCGGCCAGCUGGGGGGCGACGAAUGGACCCGCCACGGCAGCUUCGUCAAUAAGCCCACCCGCGGCUGGCUGCACCCCGACGACAAGGUCAUGGGCCCCGGUGUCUCCUACCUCGUCAGGUACAUGGGCUGCGUGGAAGUUCUCCAGUCCAUGCGGGCGCUGGAUUUCAACACCAGGACUCAGGUAACCAGGGAGGCGAUCAGCCUGGUGUGCGAGGCAGUGCCUGGUGCCAAGGGAGCCGUCCGGAGGAGGAAGCCCUGCGGCCGCUCGCUGAACUCCAUCCUGGGCAAGAGCAACCUCAAGUUCGCCGGCAUGCCCAUCACCCUCACCAUCUCCACCAGCAGCCUCAACCUCAUGGCGUCCGACUGCAAACAGAUCAUCGCCAACCAUCACAUGCAGUCCAUCUCCUUCGCCUCCGGGGGAGACCCGGACACUGCAGAGUACGUUGCCUACGUUGCCAAAGACCCCGUCAAUCAGAGAGCCUGCCAUAUCCUGGAGUGCCCCGAGGGCCUGGCGCAGGACGUGAUCAGCACCAUUGGGCAGGCCUUCGAGCUGCGCUUCAAGCAGUACUUGAAAAACCCCCCCAAGCUCGUCACUCCCCAUGACAGAAUGGCCGGGUUUGACGGCUCGGCCUGGGACGAGGAGGAGGAAGAGCCAUCGGACCACCAGUACUACAACGACUUCCCCGGCAAAGAGCCGCCCCUGGGGGGCGUGGUGGACAUGCGGCUUCGUGACGGCGCCAGUGUGGCACAGACGCCCAAUCACCUGGGGGCAACGCUGCCUGUGGGCCAGAUGUCCAGCACAGAGCACGACCCCCGGAAGCAGCACCCGCCUGCCCAAGGAAGGGAUAAAUACGCCCCCGGCGCUGGCCCAGCCAUCCGCACCGACCUGUUUGAUGACCCGUCCUACGUCAACGUGCAGAACCUGGACAGGUCGCGCCAGGCCUCUGCUGCCAGCAUCCCGGGCACGGCCAAUGGCAGUGCCCAGCGAGACCUCUUCGACAUGAAGCCCUUCGAGGACGCCCUGCGGGUCCCGCCCGCGGUGCCGGUGGGGCUGCCGCCGGCCCAGCUCCUGGCCUCCAUGGAGGAGCAGCUGCGGCGGGAGCCCUGGUACCACGGGAAGAUGAGCCGCAAGGAGGCGGAGAAGCUGCUGAAGGUGAACGGGGACUUCCUGGUGCGGGAGAGCACCACCACACCGGGCCAGUACGUGCUGACCGGGCUGCAGGGCGGGCAGCCCAAGCACCUGCUGCUGGUCGACCCCGAGGGAGUGGUGCGGACGAAGGAUCAUCGCUUUGAGAGCGUCAGUCACCUGAUCAGCUACCACAUGGACAAUCACCUGCCCAUCAUCUCGGCCGGCAGCGAGCUGUGCCUGCAGCAGCCUGUGGAGAGGAGACUGUGAGGCGUGGGGGGCCUCGGGGAGCCCCCCUCCCGCCCUGCCCACCCUGGCCUUCUCAUCCCCUGUCUGCCAGCAGGGCUCUUGGACUGGUUCAGCCGCUGCUUGCCCAGGAGGCCCUGGGGCUCCCCGUCUCUCCGCCAUGAGCUCAGACUCCCUGGGCUCACAGCAGCCCCUCCGGAGACAGAGCAGAGGUGGAGGUGGCCAGAGGAGCCAGGGCUGGGUACUGGGCAGAGGGAGGGGGCCUGUUUCUGCAUCCAGGGAGCUGCACCAGCCACGGCUCCACCUCCGCUAGCACCAAACUCCAGCCUGGGCGGCUGUGGGCACUGCUCCGAAGGCCAAUUGCAACCACAUGCCCUCACCUCGUGUUCAUCCCCCCCCUUGGGAGGGAGCCUGCCCUGACCUCUGAGUGCCUGCUGAGCCUCUGUGAGGAAGGUGAGGGUCAAUCCUAUUGGCUCAGAGGCCUGCCUGUCUGGAGGUUGCAGAGCACUCCUGGCCCCCGCCCUCCCCUGAGAGGCAGCUCACCCCCAGCAGGGAAGGGCUGGAUUCUCAUCUGCCAUUCCCCUGCAAUCCCAUGGGUGGCACCACCUGUGUGACCCCUUUGGGAGAGCCACUGCACCACAGAGCAGCACCAUGGCUCCUGCUGCACAGGGUGAGAACAAGGGAGACUUUCCCCAGAGGGCGGGAGUGGAGGGCCCCCUGCCCUGCCCUCCCCAGGUGAACCCAGCCCUCUGCUCCGCGAAGCACAAGGCUGGGCCGGCCGCACACCGAAUGUACCCGAUCACUUUACGUAUUAACUCUGUGCCUUGACCCUCCGCAGGUCCCAGAUACUUAUGCAAAGCAGUCGGCCCUGGGGCGGGCUAGGGAGAGCAGUCAGCCCACCCUAGCUGCUGGGGCAGUGCUGGGAGCACAGCCACUGUCCUCACACAAGGCUCCACCGGCUCCCAGAGGCCGCAGCCAGCGGUCCCGUCCCAGCGUCCUGCUGGCUGGAAGCAGGGCUCAGGUGGCCCCUUCUGCAGCAGGCUGCUCACAGUCCCACUCCUUGUCCUGGACGCAGCUCCUAGUCUGUGUCCAGGGAGCGGCACGGAUGGAAAUUAGAUGGGGUAAAUGGGGUUCUCCAUAGGAGAGCAAGAGCCCCUUGGCCCCUGUCCUUGCGGGGGGGACAGGGGGACAUAGUGCUGUACGCUACAUCCUGCUGCCCCUUGGGCAGGGUGUGACACAGCCAGUUCCCUGUACCCCAGCUCGGCCCGGGCCAACCACGCAGCCAAAGGAAGCACGUAGCACCCAGAAGGGGGAACCAGAGCUCCCCACAUCAGGGGACAAGUGGGUUCCUGAGGUCCCAGGGGGACAGGACAGCUGGCCUGAGCUCUGCUGUUUCUCCCCAGCCAGCGCUAAGCAGCAUCCGCCGGGAGCAGCCUCCUGGGCUUCCCAGGCUCUGCUGCAGUGGCAGGUGAGCCGUCUCCCUGCAGGGCAUGGAGCCUGCCCCCCCCCCCGCCCGGUCUGCACGGAGUGUGGGGAUCCCAGUGUUGCAUGCACAUUGUUAUACUCUGAAGCCAAAGUGUAACCCUCCCCCUCCCGCCUCCUGCUGCCCUCAGAGGAGUCAGCCUGGGCUCAGAGGGGGGGAGGGUUUUGCUUUCUCUCCUCCCCUUUCUCUCUUUCUCCUUUAUAUGGGUUUGAUUUGUUACCAGGUCUUGAUUAUACCAAAGGAAUCGGAUGGCUAUUAUUAAAGUUAGUAUUUCUUUAA